AUGGAUGCUUCUUCCAGAAACUCUACAAAUCUAGGUGACAGCGGGAUAUUUCCCGAGCCACAUGUCGGAAUGGAAUUUGAUUCCGAAAAGGCAGCCAAAAUUUUUUAUGAAGAUUAUGCCAGACACUUGGGCUUCGCCCCUCAAGUCCAUCAUGAACGGUCAAAGUCCAAUGGCAAGGAAAUGUGCCGUGAAUUUUCGUGUUCCGUGGACAGGUUUAAAAAGGGAGCCUGUGUGGCAAUGCUCAGAAUCGAGCUGAGUAGCAAAAACAAAUGGACCGUGACGAAAUUCGUGAAGGAGCACAAUCACCCAACCCUAAACCAUAACAAGUUGCAUUGCAUCCAGCUCAAGCGGCAUUUUGCGACCAUGGGCGUAGAUGUGGUUCCAAAUGGCGUUAUAUUUGCGAUGGAAGGUGCUGUGACACAAGAGACGUAUAAUGUGGCACUUGCUAGUGUUCGAGAGGGAAUAAAGAAAGUUGGUGGUGUUAAAAAGAGUGUGGCGAAUGUUGGUUGUGAUGACAAAGGGACAAAUACAGGAAAUCCAGAAACGACCCCUUUGCUAUGGCCAAGGCAAGAUGAGAUUACCCCGCGCUUUAAUCUUAAUGAUGCUGGGGUUUUCCGUUCUGUUUCUGAUGCAGCUGCUAUACGUGUGGCCCCACAUUCUAUUAACUGCGAUGCGGGUCGUGCUGAUAAAGUGCCAGUCCUUCCUUGUCUUAAAUCGAUGACUUGGAUUAUGGAGAAUAAGAACUCGACUACAGCUAAUAAGAUAGCUGUUAUUAACCUUAAGUUACAAGAUUACAGCAAGAGUCCUCCAGUAGAAUCAGAGGUAAAAUUUUCACUAUCGAGGGCCACACUGGAGCCCAUGCUGAGGUCUAUGGCAUACAUCACUGAUCAGCUCACAGCACCUGCUAGUAACGUUGCAAUCAUCAACUUGAAGCUUCAAGACCCAGUGACAACUUCAGUAGAAUCAGAGGUGAAAUUUCAGUUGUCAAGGGACACUUUAGCCGCCAUGUUGAGAUCAAUGGCGUACAUCCGUGAGCAACUAUCAAAUGCGGUAGAACCCAAACCAGAAGCCCCGGCAAAAAGAUUGCGUAAGUAGGUAAUCAAACCCAAACCUGAAACUCCGGCAAAAAGAUUGUGUAAGUAGGUAGUUACUUUCUUGCGUUCCCUAUAUAAACACCGUACAGAUUGAGGUUUAGAAGAUGAAAACCGUUGUAUGUAAUUUAGUCGGCUUUGUAGGAAUGUGGGAAGCAGUUUUGUUUAUCUUGAUUAGUCUGUAGUUAUACAGUUAAACAAUGCGCUGUGAGCUAUUUGUGUUUUUCCAUGUAAAUUUGAAUUUUCUAAAUGUAUUUAAUUUUGUGCCCAUCACAUUACGUCUCCGAAAAGGAGCAUUUCCAUGUGUUGUGUGGGAUGCAUCUGUUAUUCAACUCUAAAUUUAUAAUAAUUCUAUACACAUGGAGACAGAUGGAGUACAUGUCUUGCCAAUUAUUCCAAAGUAGUCAUGGCCGGGCUGAAUUGGGC